UUGAAGAAGGAAACGGAGCUGAAGAUGAGAAGAAGCUAGAGACUUCAAACGGCGGAGCAGACCAACAAAGUUAGGUUAACGUCUAUAGCUGAUCUAAGCCGUUGGAUUAUUUGAAUGGACAAUAUAUGUCGAGAGCUUUAGGAUCCGCUUUCAGGCGGGCUCUGCAGAAAAGAAAUCGUUUCAUUGGACUCUCAACAAAAUUCAAAAUACCUCCACUUCAAAAAAAGAAAAAAACAAAUUCAAAAUACCUCACUCAAAACUCAAAGGUCACAACUUUUCGCCAAUCAUGGCUUCCAAAUCCAGAUUCAACCUCAUAGACGACGACGACGAUUUCCAAACCCCUCUGACCCAAACCGCCACAGCUCGCACGCCCUUCAAAAAGCCCAAGCUGCUCUCCGGCAAAGAAAACGUUCCUCCUCCGCUUUGCUUCACCCCCAGAGACUACUCCAUUUUGAACCAAACCCAGGUCUCCAAAUCCACGCCAAUCGAAGAUUGCAGCUUGGAUUCGCUGCCUGAAAGCCUCGACUGGGGUGAGGAAAAUGAGAAAGGGCAAGGGGGGUAUUUGCGGAAUUCGAUAGAGUCUAGGUUGAUUAAGCCCGGAGCCGAUUGGGGUUUUGGUUCUGGUAAUGGCGAGGAGAUUGAUGUGCUGCUGAGGCUGAAUGGGAUUGAGGAAGAAGGGGAAGGAAUUGUUGAGGAUGAAAAUGGGGGUUUGGUGGUUCAGUGCCCUCUAUGUGAGAUUGACAUUUCUGAGCUGAGCAAUGAAGAAAGACAGCUCCACACUAAUGAUUGUCUUGACAAACAACAAGUUCGACCUGUAGACGAACAAGAGAGGGGGUCUGGAAUUGCUCAUCAUCCGAUGGGGCCUCGAGUUUCUGGGCAAGUUGUUGAGUGGCUACGCGGUCUUGGUUUAGACAAGUAUGUGGAAGUUUUUAUAAGGGAAGAGAUUGAUUGGGAUGCUCUACAUUGGCUCACACAAGAGGAUUUGUUUAACAUUGGCAUUACGGCACUUGGUCCACGUAAGAAGAUUGUGCAUGCACUCGCUCAACUUGGACAAGGGACUAGCAGUGGAAUUGAAGCACAAACUGCACAGCCAACAAAAAGGAGUGCCAAUGGGGUCGAGGUGCUCGAUGAUGCAUUGGAAGGAACAGUUGGUGAUAGUAGUAAAUCAGCUUCAAACAAGUUGAUUACGGAUUACUUUCCGGGAUUUGGUGGUGCUAGGAAGCAGCUCUGCACCACCUCCAGAGAACAGCAAAGGGUAGAAAAGCGUCAGUCAGGUGCUGGUCGUAAACGUGUUGUGGUGAAAAAUCAUGCCACAAAUAGGAAACUCAGGGAUGUUCCCUCAUGGUGUUGUGUACCAGGAACACCAUUUCGAGUAGAUGCUUUUAAAUAUCUUAGACGGGAUUGUUCUCAUUGGUUUCUCACUCACUUUCAUAUGGACCAUUAUCAAGGUUUAACAAAGUCCUUUUGUCAUGGAAAGAUCUAUUGCUCCUCCAUUACAGCUAAGCUUGUAAACAUGAAGCUUGGCAUUCCAUGGGACAGUAUACAAGUUGUACCCCUCAACCGAAAGAUCAAUAUUGCAGGUAUUGAUGUCACCUGCUUGGAUGCAAACCACUGCCCUGGUUCCAUAAUUAUACUUUUUGAACCGCCUAACAGUAAGGCUGUUCUACAUACAGGGGACUUUCGCUUUAGUGAGGAUGCAGCAAGCAUGACUGUUUUGCGAACAUCUUCUAUUCAUACGCUCAUCCUUGAUACCACUUACUGUAACCCACAGUAUGACUUUCCAAAGCAGGAGGCUGUAAUUCAGUUUGUCGUUGAUGCAAUUCAAGCUGAAACUUUCAAUCCUAAAACUCUAUUUCUGAUUGGCAGCUACACAAUUGGAAAGGAACGCCUUUACUUGGAGGUUGCUCGUGUGCUCCGGAAAAAGAUUUAUGUCACUGCUGGAAAGCUGCAUAUUUUAAAAUGUUUGGAUUUUCCUGAGGAGGAUAUGCAGUGGUUUACAUUAAACGAACAUGAAAGCCAAAUUCAUGUGGUGCCAAUGUGGACACUGGCAAGCUUCAAGCGACUGAAGCAUGUAUCAAAUCAAUAUGAGAGUCGAUACAGUCUUAUUGUUGCUUUCUCUCCAACUGGUUGGACUUUUGGUAAAGGAAAGAAGAAGUCUCCUGGAAGAAGGUGGCAGCAGGGUACCAUUAUAAGGUAUGAGGUGCCAUAUAGUGAGCAUUCGAGCUUUACAGAACUCAGACAGUUUGUGAAGUUUGUGUCCCCUGUACAAAUAAUACCAAGUGUGAACAAUCAUGGCCCAGAUUCAGCGAAUUCCAUGAUUUCUCUUCUCUCUUCUUAAUUCUUUGUCCAAAAGAUUACAGCUGUACUUGUGUUACUGUUCUGUAAUGAAAGAUUCAGCAAACUACUUGUGUUACAUAUGCGAAAUGUAAUACUACUUGUGUUA